AUGGCUCUGAUGGAUGCCGUCUCUGUCCCGCAGCAAGCGAGGAAACCGUACGACGUGCGGGACGUGAUCGAGCAGUAUUCGCAAGGCCACCUGAACAUGAUGGUCCGCAUCAAAGAGCUCCAGAGAAGGUUGGAUAACACGUUGGGAAAACCGGGAAUAUUCCUGCCAGAGAAAGGUGUGGAUAAGGAAUAUUAUACGGUGGGAGCCCGACUCAUCCGAUUGGAAGAUAAGGUGCUUCAGAUGGACGUGAAGGUGGAGAACGUCCUGAAGAUCCUGACGGAGCAUUUUCAGCCCAAGCCAGAGCUGCUGCAGAAACCCGGCGAGUACAGCUCUCGCGUCACCGUCAUUCACUGUCACUUUUGA